ACUAGCUAGUAGUACGGUGGCUCUAGCUAGAGCACCACAAUGCUAAUCCAUCUACAUGAACAACAUCUUGUAAUAUAUAUAACUAUCUCUCUCGGUACCAGUAGCUAACUAGCGAGAGGCAGCUGACUGAGAGACUGAGUAGUGACUUCUCUCUAGCUAGAAUGUUUGAGCGCUACUUGACGGAUGUUCUGACGAAGCAAUUUGGGCAUUUGCUGGAGGAUGUGGAUCCCUCCAAGCUCAGUCUCUCAGCGUGGAAUGGAAGUCUCGUGUUGGAGGACGUCUUUCUUCGACCGGACGCACUUGACUCGUUUGUGGCUCACUGUCCACUCGAAGUGGCCUUUGGAAGAGUAGGGAGACUAGAGCUGCAAGUUCCUUGGUCCUUGGUGGGUUCUCAGUUGUGGAGCCGAAAAACAACCAAAAGCAAUGCUACCGGAUCUCACAAAGAACCACAAGAUCCGUCAUUGGAGAAUGGAAAGUGCGUCUCCAUUGUCCUUAGCGACGUCAAUAUUCUGCUUACACCACGACGAAAAACUCAAAAUGCCUCGGAUGAAGCAACAACCAACGAAAAUGACGACAAUUCCGUGGAAACCACUGAAAAAAUGAGAGAACGAAAAGAACGGAUUGUGCAAGAAAUGAUCGACGCACAGUUACUGUCCAGAGUGGCUCUCUCCUCGCAAAAGACAUCACGAUGGAAAUGGGUUCAAGAUUGGAUCUCGAGCCUCCUUUCCAAAAUAUCAAUCACGUCGAAAAACAUUCACAUUCGAUACGAGGAUCCUGGACACUCCAUGGGAUUUGUGUGGAACAACGCUGAAUCAAAAACAACUAGACGGAGACGCUACCGAAAGCCAUUUGCAAUUGGAAUCACUCUACGAGAAUUCAAUGUUACCAAUAGAUCGGGAAAGGAGGAAAGACCACCUGAAAUUGCCAAUAGCAGUUCUGGCAGCGGAUUGGAAGCAACGCAAACCGAUCUUACAUCGGCCAAUGACGGUGAAACGUCAAUGCAAUCUUCAUUAUCGGGUGAUCCAAUUCAGCAUGAUGAUGUUGGCGACCAAGAAGAAAAAGAGAAAGAAAGCAUGUUGGAAGUGACAACCACUGUGGCCUCGGCUGUAAAGGUGGCAAUCUACUGGGACUCCAAUGGAUGCACCCUGGUAUCUGAACAAACAGCCGCCAAAGAAGGAAAUCCUGCAAGCACAAAACGUCUGAGGCGACAAUACGUCAACUCGGCAUUUUCGGUUUUAAACGGAGGAAACUCCAUCGAUGAUGAAUCCUUUCUUGACGGGGUUCACUACAGCCGUCCGCAUACGUAUCUGUUGGAUCCAACGUCUCCGUCCGUGCAGUUCGAUGUCGUUUCGCUACCAACUGAGGCGCCUCCAACCACAGACGAUACUGGGUCUCUGGCUCCUUCCCACGCCAGGAAACCAUCCGUAUCCUUGACUGCCAAACCAUCCUCGGUCAACAUCACAAUGCCUCCAACCUUGUUUUCCAUCUCGAGACAAACACUCGAAGAUAUUGGAUAUAUCAGAAAGUCACUCGAUGUUUGGGUUCACGCAAAGAAGGGCAUACUAUCGGAUAAAACACUCAAGCGUCUUGCUGGUCUUCGGCCUGACACAAACGCAAUCGACAAUCCACGUGGUUGGUGGAAAUAUGCCGCGGAAGCGACAAUGGCACUCAUCAAAGCAGGACGGAAUUUGGACGCUUCUACCAAUGACGAAAGAGAAAAUGAAGCCAACUCCACAAUAAUAACAACACAAACAAGUCUCGCAAAGAAGAGGCAGUCAGGCUGGAUACGGCUGGCCCGAGCCUUGGCCGCCAGAAAGCAAUACGUGGCGUUGUACAAAGAAUUCUUCUCUUCUUCAGACGAGCAUGAAAAGGGCGAGAGACAUGAUACGAAUGUAUUUGGUCCAUUCAUUCCACUCGAGCAGAGACGAGAGAGGACGCAUCAAUCCAUAUUAUUGCUAGAGGAUCAACUUACUGUGCACGAAAUCUCCGCCUUUCGCAUUGCUGCAUACAAGGAAAUGGCCCAAAGUCACCAGGACGAAACCAAUGACGCUGCAUCUCCCCGCUGGUUACACAAUACCGAUAGCAUUGUCACCAGCCACGAAACCACUUAUGCUUAUCUCACCAUGGGUCACCGGUACCAAAUGUUUGUGGAGAUGGCACAAGCCCUUGACACAGAGACAUUGAAUACAGAGAUACUCAACAAGGAGAUCCGGCAGCGAGAUGCACGAAGUGAACAAAGGAACAGUACUUCUCCAACGCCGGAUGUGGCUUUCGACCCAACCGUAUGGAAGGUUGCGCUGUCUUGCACCGAGUUGUCUUUACAGGUCAACGAUAAGCAGCGAACAACGGCGAAGGAAGCUAGCCCAAUUGCCCGGCUUUCAUGCGCUUGUGUGCUCGAAAGUGAUCUUUUCCUCACUGGUUCAUGGAAAGCCGAGUGGUCAGUAGCAGCAUUGGCAAUGCAAGACCUUACCGACAUGAGAAUGGCAGAACUGAGCUCCUACGGGAUGAAAACGCUUAUUGGACCCAAAGUUGAUUCCUUUGGCAAAUCCGACCCCAAUAGGGGAAUUCUGUGCAUUGACGGCGAAUCUUUUCAAGAGAACAUGCGCGUCAGUGUUUCUCGUACAGUUGAGUGGCACAUGGUGGAAGGGACAGCUCGUCAGAUUGCAACUGCAACCGACACACGGGUGCGCCUAUCGCCUUUGGAAAUUGUGUACUCAACAGUGCCAUUUGAAGCCUUAAGCCGUGUACUGGCCUCUGUGAAAACUCCAGAGCUUGCAGACGACUAUCAUCGCAUGGCAGGAAGAGUCUACGAAUGGAGAGAGAGGCAAAAGCGCAGACUUCUUCAGGCACUGGCACACGAGAGCAAAAAGAUUUUUGUGUUCGUCGAUAUUUCUGCUCCGGUGUUGCUCAUUCCGGAGAGCGUCUAUCGCGCAGAUAGCCCCCUCUUGGUUCUCGAUUUGGGUCGCCUUCAUUUCUCAAAUGCGACAGAUGCAAAGAAAGCGGAUGGGGACUGUGGCGUGCCGGGGCAAUAUCAUGACGUCUGGAGUCUCGCUCUGACAAACAUACAGGUUCAGUGCUCCACAACACAAAUUUAUCGGCAAAAGGACCUUCAAAAGGAUCUUUUUGGUGCUUCGGGGGGUACGUCCACCAAGUCAGAACGAGGGCCCCAGCAGGUCGUGGAAAACUUUUCGCUUGACUUUUCAAUCUACACAAAAGUAGCACAAGACGAAAUGCGAGUGAAGAUCUCAGCGGUGCUUCCAAAGUUGAUCUUCAACGUCACCUCGUCGUCUGUGCGGUUGAUCAGUCGUCUUCGUAGCCAAUGGUCGCAACGAAAGCAGGAGAUGACGACAAGUGAUGCCCCAAAGCAUCGGAACAGUUCUGUCUCAGAAUUACCCACCUACGAAGACCGUGGUGAGAAAGAUUUGACAAACAGCGAAAACAAGGAAUCAAUAAACGUGAAGCAACACUUUGAGUUUUACUUUUCAGCACCGACAAUAUCCAUGAAGCUCGCAAACGACGCUGACAAUAUCCCGACUUUUGCUCAAAUUGCUAGGGACGUUGCCCAGGCUGACAAUCCACAUGUAAGAGAAAUCGUAACAGUUUCGAUCCGCGGCGUUGGAGGCAGCUACGUCCUAUCAUCCGAAGGCAGCAGAAUAUCGUCCACGCGGUUUCAGGCCAAGUUGCAUUCGCUUCAUGUUCUUGAUCAUUAUCAAAGCGCCGGCAAAGAUUUCGAGCAAAUGUUGUCCUCUUUCGAUCCCAGCAACGCAGACUUGAAUGGCAAUCGAUUUGAGACGCCCACGCCGCAAACUGGGAAAGAUCUAGUUUCGGUUGAGUACGAAUCGGUGGAGGAGCCGGACACUCUGCCGCCCGAAGCUCUAUGCGACACUCUGUCCAUUCGAUUUCACGAGUUAUACGUUGAGUGGAAUCCUGAGACCAUUGCAGCAAUACAGAAGGCCCUGCGAACUCCCAGGGACCAACAAGAAUAUGACCAAGUUUCCAGCAGCGAGAAUGCAUUGCUUGAUGAAUUCUUUGAUGCGGAGGAAGCUCUUUCUGGGGAGGAUGCUGACGAGGUUGAUGCCGAUGUAUUCUUCGAUGCUUUAGAGCCUGCGUUUGUGGACGCAUCGAGUCCAUUGGCGAGACUGACACGGCAAACCACCCUCGCUCUCCUUUCGUCUCCUGCAACAGGGCAGAAUGAGUGUUCAGUUGGUCCCGACAGGAGCCAACCUGAUGAUCAAACUUCCCAGAAGCCCUUCGAGAUGAUUUUUAUGUUGACAAAGCUACGGGUGAACUUCAAUAAGGAGUCGCGGCAUCGCCGCUUGUUUGCUGCUGAAAUGGAUCGAACGUACAUAGCCCACAAAACUCUUCCUGGCAAGUCAAUUACAACCGCAAAGCUAGGGAACCUGGUUUUCUCGGAUCCUUCCAGUGAUGACAACGAGACACUCUAUGCUCAGAUCCUCGGCUUGCAGAAUUCCUUCACGGGAACUGCAACGUCGCCCCUUUCGUCGCUACUGGAAAUGGAACUUGUUACGGUCUCGAAAGAGAGACAAACCGUUGCACGAAGAGGGUUCAAUGGUCUUGUUGAUGUAGCGUCCCGUGGUGUAUCCUUGUGUUACGAAGACGGCUCUGUCCGUGGUUUUGACAUGCACGUGAGUGCUCACCUUAGCCCAAUGCGCUUUGUCUACCUCUCGCAGCUCUGGUCCGAGAUUGUGGAUUUCUUCUUUGAGGGUAUUCUGGGUUAUGAGGUGCUGGGCAGCGAACGUCCUUCCACGACAACAAACACUCCUGCUGAAAUCGAAGAUCAUAUUGGAAAGACAAGUCUGCAGGAGAACAAUACGAUCGACGAUGAUCCCUACGGAGUCUCGUUCACUGUCAUUGAUAUCGUCAUUGACUCGCCCGAGGUGGUGUUCCCAGUCACAUAUCGAUCUCCUCAUUUCUUGAAGCUUCAGGCGGCAUCCAUCAAGUUGUCCAAUUACUUUGAAUGCAAAUCAAGGAGCUACGAGAUUGCACGGUGGCACAAUAACUACAACAUUUCCUUCGAAGCUCUCCGAAUAUCAAGUUGGAACGGAUCCGAAGUAAGCCACUCGAAGAAGAAGGUUGGAGCCGCCAUCAACGUUCGCUGGCCGACAGGACCUUGCGCUCCCUUGGAGGAUCCAAAGUGGAAUGUCACGUGCAGGUUUGAAAGCCUUGACUUUAUCUUGAGCAGAGAUGACUAUGCACUGCUGCAAGACGUUAUUAGUUUCAACCUUGGCGAGGAGUCCAGGCAUCUGUACGAAUGGCAUGCACUUCAAGAGCUGCAUCCAGACGAGCUGGAGAAAUACAAACAGAGUAUCAUGGUGCACUAUGGAUACGACACAAAGGAUGUUGCACCAACAACCUAUUCAAUUUCACUGACAAUACCCAUGGUCAGUGUCAAGUGUGAGACCCAAGGUGGUUCAUGUGUUGCCAUCGCUCAAUGCUCGAACUUCAGCUGGAAAAUGACAAAGCUAGCAGACUGUAUAUCUCGUCAAACGGUUGAUUGCCACAUAAAGUUGGUUCACCCCACCAAGCUGGAGGGGGGAGACGAGCUGUUGCUAUCCUCGAAAGGUGCAGAUUCCCUUCCAGCAUUGACAUACGCAUCAACAACCGACGCGUCUGGGAACCACAUAAAAUCAUUGGAGAUCAGAGACUCUUGCAUAUAUGUGGUUUAUCCUGCCUGGACGGCAUUUGCAAACUUCUUCUCGGAGCUUCCUGCAGCCGAAGUGUUUACCCCGGAGCAAGUGCGACUGUCGAUGCAAAUUGGUGAUCGGUGGUACAAAAUUGCAGACUCACCAAAGCAAUCAGAUACAGAAGCGUCGCCAAGGCAGUUCUCAUGGAUCGGGAGGGAAGAGCGCUACUCUGAGACCACAGAAGGAAUCCCUGAAGAUACAGAACCUUCCUACCAGUUCCGUAUUCUUUUGUCCUCCCCGCACAUUAUAAUCUCGUCCUCUCCAACUGAAACGGAAACCAUCAGCUUGGUUCUUCGUCUAAGCCAUCUGGACUACCUUUACAAGAGCGACGGUGACGGAACGUUCACAAAGUCUCUCUUUGUUCAUAAUCUGGAGCUAUAUACAAGCGCUGGAGCACUUAGCGGAGACGACGUUAACAGUGAAAGCCCAUUGAUUCACCCUUGGUGCUUUUCAGCAACACAGUCAAGCUGCACCAAACAGUUUUGCAAUUGUGAUGCUCACUCUACGAAGGUUGCUUGUGAUAUCCUGCAGGCCAGAAUAUCAUACUGUGAUAUGGUCAAUGUGGUCAACGUGUGCCUUGGCUUCGUUGCUGAUAUUCGCCAGGCAAGAGUCCACGAGACUGCUUCAGCAGCAACUACCUCGACUAGUCAACAACUCAAUGAAGCAGGAAGCAUUGAGGUUGAUUCAAACGAUGGUUUGUCGAAGACAGAGAUGGAACCCAGAACACCGAAUUAUCAGUUUUUGACUAUCGAUUUGAACGGAUUUGAACUACUCCUCGUUGACGACAGUGGGCGCCAGUUUGUAACAUCUCAGGAACUCAUCAUGUUUUCGGUUGGAAAGAUACUUUUCUGUCGCGAGGACAACUUGUUGCAGUUGGACCGAGAACUCCAGGAACUGACGACGCAAUCCAAGUUCUCUCGCCGAAUGGUAUUGUGCUUGCAGGGUGUCGAUCUUCUAGACUGUUUGCAACCAGACCAGUCACAGUUUCGGCUUCUUGCUACUAGCCGGUGGGGCAAUUUUGACGGUAGGGAAGCAGAUGACACACGGGUUUCGAUUUCUGAGCGCAUGAGUUGGGAAUCCUUCACUAUGCAGAAAGCUACGUGGGGUUACGAGGUGUCCAAAAGUCUUACUGAAAGGACAAACCCUGAGUGCUUUGUAGAUCUUUCGCUGCACUCCCAAGACCCCCUUGACGCUGUGAUUCUGCGCAGUUUUGAAGACGGUGUGAACUUGCGGUCCUACUCGGUGGCCAUAUCGUCGUUCAUGAUGCAAUACAACCCAAGCACAGUGAUUGCUCUCCAACGAUUCGGGGGGCGGUUCAGGAAACAAGCUGUGAAGUCCAUUGAUUCCUUCAACGAAGAAAUCGACAAGCUUAUGCAAACAUCUUCUGAUUCAGCAGAAGUCAUGGAAGUACCUUCAAACGAAAAGAUCAAACUAGAUGUCGAGGUUGAACGACUGGCUUUGUGUUUGAACAAAGAGCACCAAAACCGCCGCUUGCUUCGUGUUGUGCUUGAAAACUGCACAGCAAAUCUGUCGAGCGACUCAUCGGGGAUGUUAUUGGAAGGCGGUGUCAAGGACGUGAAAGCUUGGGAUUGCAAUGUCGAAAAUCAACAAGUCUCUGACGAAAACCUGUGCAUUCUCAGGACUGCAUCGUCAGACGAUGAAUUUGACAAUCCACAGUCAUUUCUCGUGUACCGAUUUUGCACCUUUACUGGUCCCACCAGCGGUGAACGCCACGACCUCGUUCCACCUUGGCUGCGUUCGCAUGUCGUCGGGAGCGAUGGAUCUACUUGUGAGAUCGACGAUUUUCUUGAAGUUCAAAUGGGUACGGUCGAGAUCACGUACUUGCGGGAAAGAACCGAAGAAAUCAUUGAUUACCUACAGCAUGGUCUGCCGGGCAAAGGGAUGGGAGCAACAUCAAAAGCUGCGCAAGGCUUCAUUGAGAAAAGAAUUCGUACCAAGAGUUUCUUGCUUAUUGGCAUCUCAUCCCCCGUUAUAAUGAUCCCAAGGGAAGAACACACGUCGAACGGGAUGCAGCUACGGUUAGGUGACAUUGACGUGAAGAGUUGGUUCGAAGGAGGGACUGCGACCGGCAGAAUAGACGAAUUUGAGUUAUCAACCGGUGAGAGGCCAGUUCCCCAGAGAGACAAUCUUAAUGGCCAAGGUCAGUCUGACUGGUGGCGCAUGCUCUCGCUUCAGAUUUCACACUUUACGGCAGGAGUGUACGAACACAAUGGCACGUCGGGUGUGGAUGCAUUGAAUGAACCUCUUGACGUGUCUCUGGUGCUACAGAAGUCAGCAUGGCAGAACAGAAAAAUGUCGCUACGAUGUUGGGUUUCGCUCGUCGAAAUGACAAUGAAGUAUUCACAGUAUUGCCUGCUGAGUGCAGUCGUUGAUGGAAACGUUGGGAAAGAUAUUGACAAGGAAAAAUGGGACAACAUCGAGAAAGCCUAUGAUCAGGAGGUCGAAGCUGAAGGACACAACAAUCUACCAGUCCUGCAACCCAGGCCUGUCGAGUAUGCUUCUGGGGCAAGGCAUGUUAGGUUUGGCGUUUCGUCGAAAGGGGAACGUUCGCCAGGCCGCUCUCGCCAGAAAAUACCAAGUGCACAGGACAGAGAGGGCAUAGUCGACUUGCAAGUGACUCUUGAUGGCUUUCACUUGAAAUUCCAUAGGGACGAUCCGGUGGAUGGUUCGUUACCGUACGAUAUGGCGUUGUUGAAGAUACACAUGGUAGAAGUUUCUAUCAACAACAGCAUUUCUGAAGACUACUCCUUCCAGCUUGCCCUAUACCGAGUUUACUUGUUUGAUCUUGGAGAGGAAGGCAGAAUAGCGCGUGAGCUAUUUCAACUGAAACGGAAAAAUCAACGUCUGGCGGCCCGGGAGCCUUGUGCCUUUGCCAUUCUCGUUGAAGGGUAUUCAAUUAUCCAAGACGAUGCCGACCCGCGGUGCUUGAUAGGGAAAAAGGGCAACAACGAGCCUCAGUUGGUAGUGACUGUCGACCAAGUCCCUUCAUCGUCGAUUGGUGCUGUUGGCUCCCAGAGAAACCAAAUGUUGAACGAGACUGACGAUCCGAAAGUAACGGUUGCAAAGGUGGUUCUGAACUACUUGAGUGUAAACGCUCUGAUCAGACCAUUCACAGAAUUGGCAUCCUUUCUGGCUCUUUCGUGGCCUUCAUCCCAACGCAACAAAAGCGCAACUACAACGGAACCGGCUGCUUCAUCAAAGGUGGAUGCAGCUACUGAUAUCGAUGCCAAGAAGGAAGCUAGUCAAAAGAAUACCCCAAGUACUCCCAGCAGUUGCAUGCAGGUCAAGCUGACGGCACACUAUCCUCGGGUCUUCUUUGUUGCUGAUGAGUGCGAUCCGCAUUCUCGCGCAUUGGUCUUGAGGGGGCUGGCAGUUGUAAACGCCGGUCGUACAAUCAAGCGCUCGCCUGAGAUUUUAUAUCUGGGAUCGCACGGAGAAGAAAUUAGCACGGAGCUGGUCGUUGAUGCGCAGCUACAUAGCUUGGAAAGCUACAUUAACCCGGAUGUAAACAGAGCUCUUCGACUAAAAGAACGACAUCACUUGCUUCUCGAAGGCUUCAACUUGCCUUUGCUUUCUUUCCUUGAAGAGAGCAACGAUGAAGAGCCGGACUUCGACUUUGACGAACUGGGUGUUGCACUGCUUCAAGCCGUCACUGCAGGUAUAGAGUACAAAACAACGAGUCGAUCGAGAUUUCCAUCAAAGCGAUUCUUGUGCGUCAAUAUUGAGCCAAUCUCAACGAUGGUCAGUUUCGAAGAUCUUCAAUUGCUUGAGUUGGUUUACAACCGUUGGGUGAAAGGACGUCAAGAAAGUGAAAAACCAGAUGAGGAGUCGCAACCAAGCCUGGAAGCCCAAUCAAAGUCAAUUGCUUCGGAGCAGGGACAAAUGGAUCCAAGGCAAUUCACCGUCGAUGCUUCUACUUAUGAUGUCGUGUUUAGCUCAAGAUACCUUGGAUUGGGGCUAAGGAAGGAAGACGGGUGCAUUGUGGUUGACGCCGUUGAUGCCCAGUGCACAGAAGAAGUUCUAGUUGGCGACAUACUUGUGCGAAUCGACAGAGAGCAAGUGCCGCAAGCACCACUAGAAAGCAUUGUCCAGCAACUUGCUGCUGCACAAAGGCCGCUUUCUCUUACGUUCAAUCGACGAAAUGCGCCAAUACUGAAAGAUACCACUGCGCUUGCAACCGUUGAUUACCAAGUUGAUGCAGGCGAUCUCGACGUUGCGACAGAGAGCCAGAGCCCUCCGUGCUCCCAAGGGAACCAAUUCACCAUUGUCUUCAAAUCCGGGAUACCAAAUGGGCUUAUAUUGGAGCAGAGCUGUCUUGUGUCGAUCCCAGUCGUUUCCCACGUCGAUCCAUCAUGCGCCUCAAGGGCCGUCCUCCCAGGUGGGAGUUCCCAGCAUCCUGUCUCGCAACGUUAUCCUGUGGCUGGAUUGUUAGUUUAUCAGUUGAACGGGCAGGAUAUCACGGCAAGCAACUUCUCAGAAGCCCUUGGAUUCAUUCUGAUGAAUGGCAUUUCCGAAGAACCUUUAGAGCCAAGCAUGAACGGGAGUGAUUCAUACGCAAUAACGUUUAUGGAAGUUGAUUCAAGCAGUUGGGGCUAUUUGGACUCCUUUGAUCUUUCGCUUCAAGGGGCGGCUCUGGCAUUCAUCGACGACCUCAAUGGAAAGGACAUGCCCAUGUUGAGAGGAACUCUGAGUUCUGUUGAAACUCACCUUCGAAGUGGUGUUGGUAUUGAAACAGGACUUUUGGAAAGGAUCAAAGAGCUUCCUUUCUUAGCGCAGGAGCCCAGCAGUGCUAUUGAAGACCACAACUCGGUUUCCCUUAAGGCACUUGCUCGAACCACGAUAGAGUACUUCCAUCCAAGAAAAGCCCUCUACGAACCCUUGUUGGAGCCAGCUCAGUUCUGUCUCAAAUAUGAUUGCCAUAGCGGUGAUGAAUCGAAAGGUCACCCAAGUCAAUUGGCGCUGGAGCUUUCUGAUGGAGCUUCUGGCACGGGCGAUGCGCAUGUGAUAUGUCUCAAUGUGAGCGUUUCAUCAGCGGAAGUGAUAGCAAAGGCUCUACGUGAGUGGAAGACGUGGCGAAAAAUGGUAGAAGACAUGUCGACUCUAUCCUUUUCGGACGUUUCACAGUCUUCCAUCCGCCAAGGCAUGGCAGAUCCAAUGACUUCGGGUAAGGAAGUGCUUCAAUCGAGCUAUGCUGCCAGCGUGAAAGACUUCGAAGCCAGCGCGGCGCAGGCUGCAUACCGUUUCGCACAGAAGCGUGGGGCUGAAAGAAGUGGCAAGGGCGAAUCGUCGAAACCGUUUGUGUUCCAAAAUAGGACGGGCGUGUCAAUCGCUUUUGUCCAGGAGAAUGCCAACGAGCAAGAGUCUCAUAGUUUCAGCAAAAGGAGGAAACCACAACGGCAAUCGGCGUUCGUUGGGGAGUAUUUUGGUUUAGACAAGUACGAUCGCUCGGACAUUAUUGAAUUGGCGGAUGGUAGCGAUUCAAAGUUUCAAAUGGACUUCUUGACGUCGGCUUUGAAGCCUGAAGAGGCCACAAAGAAAAUCAGGACGUAUGAGGGAAAAUUUCCUUCAUUGAGGGUAGCCAUACAAUCCAUCGCGGGCGUCACAAUUGAAACAUUGCUUGAUCUGCAAGUACAGCGUGCUGGCAGCUGGAUCCGGAGUUUGUCUGUACGAAAGAGUAUGGAAAACUUCUCGGUCCCUAUUUUGUGGGAAGUCAGAGUGGAGGACAACCGGCGCAUUCUAACACUGAGCAGUGCAGUUCGCAUCGUGUCCUUGAAUUCGUCCGUAAUUGAGGUGGGUGUGAAGGUGGCGUCUGCCACUCACCUCGACCCCGCGGGAAAUUCAGAUGUCGAUAAAAAACGAACUCAAUCCAAUGGAAUCGGCACUGUCGGCACUAUUCAAUUCGUUGGUUCAUCGCUCCCUGAUUCUCCGUUCUACCUGCCUUUGUGGCUUGCCAUGAGAUUGGAAAGUAUACAAAUCUAUGUUCGACCCAAGUUUCCAGGCCUCGCCCAAUACCGCUGGGGGCAUCAAAGCGUGCUCACACUUCAGCUCAACUCUUUGAAGUCAACUCCAUUCAACGAUGGAACAGAAUGGAUCUGGAAAGAAACGUUAGAUGAAGCCUUGGAGUCUAUCCAAUGCGAGGCCAAGGAUGAGGACAGUCCUCCUGCUUUUCUGUCUUGCUUCACGUCAAGCCAAGUUUCAAGCGACCUGCAAUUUUUCCAGGGCAGCGAAUCAGAAGGGUUUGUCACAGGUGUGAAUGAGAUUCUGUCCGUGUCCGUGGAUACCGGACUGUCGAUUCGCAAUCUUCUACCAAUUGGAAUUGAGUUUCAGGCGGGGCAUACACUGGGUAAUGGAUCCCCAAUGUAUGAGGAGGAUGUCUCGAGUGGCCAGAAGGUAGAUGUGGUGUCACGCUCGCUCAGGAGCGGAGAAAGUGCAGAGGUUUAUGCUUGCAACUUCAAAGCCAAAGAAACGCUAGCAGCGAGGUUCAGAAUCAAAGACGAGAACAAGUGGACGGCAUGGACGCUGGUCUCUUCACCCUCCACAGCAAUCACAGACAGUGAGCCCGAUCAAUCCGAACCUGGUAUUGCCAAAGAAACGAAAAUUUCCGCUUUCCAAACUAACGUGCACGUAGAAGACGACUUUGGUGUUCCGAUUGUCAUUGGUGUGCGGGUUAUUCCCAAGGUUGCCAAAAAAUCUGAUUGGAACAGAUCGAAUAUCGUCUGCUACGGUGUAGAUGUGGUGGUGUACGCGGAAUUCUGGAUCAGCAACCUUACCUCUCUACCUCUCGCAUUUGGCUGUCCUAGACAUCAGAUCUAUGAAGACGGCAAAGAUGAUGAAAACAACGAGGACGCGACAAAAUUCUCUGCAGAAGCUGCUCUGAUGGAGAUGGCGUCGGUCUUGGAGCUUGGCGAAAACGGCACUGAACUGGAUACCCGCAAUGCUGACCGGGCGGCGACAGCAGGAGACACUCUGAGCAUCCCCCACCAGGAAAGUCGGUUCGUUUCAGAGGAAGUAUUUGAAUACGAGGAGCUGACUCAGCAAGCGUUGAUUGUGAAACGCCAAUGGUUUGCCGCGGAGAAUUACUGGAACUUGCUCAAUGGCACAAUCCUUGAAGUGGAAGACGGAGCGUCAUGGCAAUGGUUGGACCAUUGCUGGAAAAUCGACACGGCUGGUGGGACGGACGCAGCAUUGGGUGGGUGGGAAAGCUGCAAGGACCUCCUUGGUGUCGGGGAUGGUCCUUUCUCGGCACACCGCCAGUUCGAGUCGUCGCAUCCCUUCCGACGGCGGAGGUUUUUCCGGACUAGAGGGCCGCGCGAUGAGCCCGAGAACGGAAAGCUUCUGCCUGGACUCCAGGCAUUUCAUCAACCCAUCCGCGAUUCUUUCUCGACCGCACAGCUCAAGGCAAGGAAGAAAAGAAAGAAGCGAAAACGCAAAGGCGAGGACCCUGAUACCUUGGACGAGGAAAACAAGGUUGAAGUCCAGACUAACAGUACCUAUUCAAUUUCUGUAAGGUGCGGCGAUGGAAGAUGGAGCGUCCCAGCCACGGUGGCCUCCAUUGGCAGCAGUCAUGGAACUCUGCAAGUGUUUGCUUCCCGAUGGCCCUCACUAACCAAUAUUUUGGCGAGCUCUCCGGUUGGCAACCUUGGCGGUAUGGGCAGCACUGCCCAGGAUCCUUCAAAACAUACUGCUGUUGCCUCGCAUGAAUAUGGGAUGGCCCCCUUGAAGCCGACCUUGUAUGAAUUGUCGUAUCAAGUGUCAGACAUCGAAGGGGAAUGGGGGGAUUUCUCUAGACACGUUUUGGUGUCCGCCCGCUUCUCAAUGAGGAACGACUCAAAGGAUGUGACGCUGGAAAUCAAGCAAUCGGGAGCGAGGAAUGAUAGUGCUUUGCGGUUGAAACCAGGAGAAAUUGCCCCGUUCUAUUGGGCUGAUUUCCGCUUGCCACGAUUGGUAUGUGUUCGACCUGUCGAGGAACUUUCAGACACGAAGGUUUACAAGUGGAGUGGUGGUUUUGAUGCCUGCAAGCUGGGAAUGGCAGCGGUGUUGAUCCGUCAGGCACCAGAGUGCCAGCAGAAGCAAGCUUCCAACGACGGCCGCACGAUUAGAACAAUCCGCACGCUUGUUGAACUACGUCCAGGCACUGGCGGCACUGGAAUCAACAUCUCCUUCAAAGACGAACGCGAGGACGGCGAGGGCGCCCUUUUUAGGAUCGAGAACAGGUCUUCUUUCAGCGUAUGGCUGUCACAAGAUGGGGUUCUAGCAGAUCCAUCUACAACAGGACCGAAUGACAUUCAUUGCAGAGACGGGGACCUCAUUUCUCCCGGUGAAUGCAAGUCCUUCGGUCUUGACGUUCCGUAUCGCCAGGGAAAAUACGCUCAUCGUCAGGCGGCCACAAUGUCUGAACUUCUCCAUAUCAGAGUGGGCUUGGCUCCUCUGUCGUCUCGGGCAGGAAUCGAGUCAACGAAAGUAAUCGGACUUUCUAUCGUGGGGGAAAGCAUAAGAUUGAAGCCAUUUAAACUGGUGAAGGUUCUGAGCCUCGAGCAGCGCAAAUCCCUGGAAAACGUUCGCGUGCUUGGUAUCACAACAGCGGACGGGCCCACUCGAGUGCUUAAAUUCUGCAUGAUGGCUCUCCCAACAAUGGAACCAUCCCUGCAGAGUGUGCUGAGGGAUUCGGUUUUGUACGAACCACCGACAGAACCGUCACCAAGCGGUCCGUAUUCUCAUGCAAUCGGUCAAUCUGCUUCUGUAGCCGAAUCCCUGCUGUUGGCAGGCAAACUGCCCAACGAGAGCGACGCAAAAAGACAAGCACUUUUCGGUGGGCAACGAAGUAAGGACGGGCUCGUUUCGUCGACUUCCCCAGGCGCCAAGGGAGAAGAGCUAGAGUCGACGAUAGCUCGCGCUGAUACGCGAUAUUCGAUACGCGUCUCUUUUGGUGGCUUCCUCAUCAGUUUGAUCGAUUCAUCGCCUUCCGAAAUCUGCACGAUCUCAAUCAACCAUAUCAAUGCAAUGGCAAAAUGGAACAACCAGCGAACUUCAGAUGCAUCAUUCUUGAUGUCGAUUGGGUGGCUUCAGGUUGAUAAUCAAAUACCGAGCGCCCCAUUCCCGGUUGCACUCUGUCCAGCUACCGAUACGUCGCAUGAUGGUGAGAAACGGGAUAAGCAGAAGUCAGAGGAAUCAAAGGCGCCAAAUGGGACUCCUCUUCUGUUCGUGGGAAUUGAAUUCGCGCCGAAGCAUUCCUCGGGUAUUGUCUGCAUAAAAUCAGCGACUAUCGCGCCCAGAAGCCUGGAGGUGUCAUUAGAUCUGGCUUUCCUGGUCCGUCUGCAACGGUUUGUGUCCUGCGUUCAGGCUCAUUUUCAACAAACGCAAACGCAAGCGUUUGUUAGUGGCGAGGAUCUUCAACAGGGCAUGGCCAGCCAAUUGCAACUACAGCGAGCGACUCCGCUUCCCGACCUUGCCAAGACCAUAGAGGCUAUCAAAAAUGCCGUGGCCACUGGAGUGGGGCGUCAACAGGUUUACUUUGGAGCUUUUGCAGUCCUGAAUUUUACCAUUUUUCUCUCAGUCGCUCCGGCUCGUGCCUUGACUGCCGCACAAGCAGCAACAGAAGGCAUGGAGGCAGCUGCAAUUCACAAGGCUGUGCGCAAAGGAGACUUCAACCUUGGAAGAAUCACUUCCUCCCUUGGCGUUGUCGUCGGCAAAAAGAAUGUUACAGCCAGAGCGGUUGCGAUGGGAGUAAUGAAAUCCAUUGUCGUAGACGCUCUGAUACGCAUGGACGGCGCUUCUCUCAACUUGUCCGGAGCCUUUCUACGGAACCAAAUUUUUUACGCUCCCCAGCUAGCAACCUACAUGUCAGCUCAUUACAUGUACUCCAUGAGGCAAAAUGUCCCCGCAAUGCUUGGGAGUAUGGCCGCUAUCGGGAAUCCGCUGGGCCUGUUCCGUGGCAUCGGAGACGGCGUUCACGACUUUGUGAACGAGCCCGUGAAGGGCUUGAAGAAGUCCAUUCAAAAGCUCGACCCUCAGUACAUGGUCGAUGGUGUAGCUCGUGGAACGGGGUCUCUUGCGAGACAUACUGUUGGUGGGUUCGCCGAUUCGGCCGCAUUAUUGACGUCAACCUUUUCCAAGAACAUGGCAGUCCUCACACUGGACAGACGCUAUGCCCAGAAACGUGAUCGAGGGAAUCAGCACCUUCGCUACGAGGAUCAUGAGUUUUUCAUUCUUGCUGGUGUUGAGAGCGGAUUCGUGAAGCUCGCUCAGGGUUUUAUCGAGGGCGUGACUGGUGUGGUUAGAGCUCCCAUUCGAGGAGCCGAGAAGAGAGGCUUCGAGGGGUUCGCCAAAGGUCUGGGCAAAGGCUUGCUGGGGCUUUUGGUAAAGCCAAUGAUUGGGAUUUCCGAUGCAGCGACGGACGUGUUCAUUGGAGUCAAGACUUCUGUGGAAGGCGGCGAAGGCCACCACAUUGCUUCCCGUCCCAAUCAGGUCCGCCCCAGGAGGGCGCUGUACGGGCGAGAUAAGCACGUGCGGUUGUACGACCUUGGUGAUGCUGCUGCGAGCGCCCUCAUGUACAGGACCCGUUUGGGCGGACAGAGGUUUCUGAGUCAUCUGGACAUGCACGAUCGUGUGGCUCUGUUGAGCGACAAGAGGCUGCUUUUACUGGACUCUGAAGGGAAGGAAUUGCUGUUGGUUAAAUUCAAGCACAUAUCCAAUGUGGAGGUGCAUGAAUUUGAGCAGGGCUCCUGGAGCAUUCUGGUGAUGCUGAACUCACCUCGAGAGAAUGGGAGUGAGGUGGAGGUGAUCACUUGCAAGGACCGGCAAGAAGCUCAUGAACUCUGUGCCAAAAUAAAGGAAGGCAUGAGCCUGUUGGAUCAGAACUGAAUGUACUGUACUAUAUUGUAAGCAAGAUAAUGUGAUGUACUCUUAUCACUGUACCCCAACCCCAAUGUCUGCCUGCUGUCACUACGUCUCCUUAUCUGUCACCUACUAGACGGAGGCAUGCUACUCCAGCCAGGGGAGAAGCCAUGGCACGAUGGACUCCUGUUCUGUUCCUCUUUACACUCUUCUUUGCAAUUAGCUAGCUAGAUACAUACUUAGGUUGCUGACAGAUGUUCGGAACUAAGGUGGCUAAAACAGGAAGCAACUCAUUUCUA